AUGGAUUCCACUAAUAUUAUCGUACCAUUUGAUUUUCCAUUUGCUAUUUUGGAACAUCAAAAUAAUUCUGAUCCGACCUAUAAACGUGUUUAUGCCGUUGCUGACGGACAAUAUACUUAUGGACCACUUUCAUUAUUUCAAUAUCUUAAUGAUGAAAAAUAUGCCAAAACUAUUCGCAGCGAAAAACUACCACUAUCAUUACCAUGCAAAGAAUUCUAUAUCGUUGAAUCGGGAGCUUCAAUUGAUGAUGCAAUUGAAAUAAAUGAUAAUAAACGAGGUCCACUCUAUGUCAAAGAAGUUGAUGUUGACCAAAUGGAAAUGAGAGACCUUAUACACGAAAUGAUUGAAUGUAAAAAUGAACUUCGAAAUCUUAAAUCAAUUGUUUCAUCGGAAGAACGUACGUCACGUCGAUCGUCAUCAGCCAACGUUAAUAAUCGUUCAAUGAAUGGGAGCUAUAAAUCUGCUUAUGAAGAAGUUGCAACACCUUUGCGUAAUAAAAAGCAAAUUCAAUCAACUAUUGUUCAACGUAGUAUUUCAACAGUUGCCAAGAGAAACGUUAACACACCACCUCGAAGUCAAUCGGUAACAACAACAAGAAUUCUUUUGAAAAAUGUUAAAUCAUCUGGUUAUGGUCAAAUUCAAUCACCAACACCAAAACGAUCAUUAUCUACGUUCGGUACACCAGAACGUUCUUUUCGUAAAUAA